UCCACAACAGCUAUAUACAAAAUGCCCUCUUGUGGAAACAAAAUGCCCCCACUCCCCCCUCCCACCUGAUUCAUUCUGGAGCCGAGCCAGAGAAGCGAGUAGAGAAGCUAUUUUUGAUCCCCCGCGCCAAGGGAAGCAAAGAAGUUGCAUAUGGCUACUACGAAUUAGACCUCAAACAUGUCACAAGAGUUAUACGAUUGUAUAGUAAUUGGAGCCGGUAUACAGGGUUCUUUUACAUCCUAUCAUCUGGCGAAAAAGAACAAGAAAACUCUCCUACUUGAGCAGUUUCCUCUGCCUCACUCUCGAGGAAGCUCUCAUGGCCAGACACGCGUUAUACGAAAGGCCUAUGAACACGACUUCUACGUCCAUAUGAUGGAGGAGAGCUAUCAGCUCUGGUCCCAGCUGGAGAAAGAAACCAAUGUUCAACUGUACAGACGCACAGGGCUUCUCGUCAUGGGUCCAGAGAACGGGAAGGAGUUCCAGCUCCUCAAGACCACUCUAGAGAGAAACCACGUACCUACUGUGAACCUCCCGGGUGAUGAGUUCAGCAAGCAUAUCCCCCUUGUCAACCUGACCAAGGGAAACGGAGCUCUUGUCGACACCACAGCUGGGGUGCUGUAUGCUGACCGCGCCCUCAAAACUGUGCAGGGCCUUUUUCAGAGAAUGGGUGGCGUCAUAAAGGAUGGCGAGGAGGUGAACGCCAUCAAGCCGGGCUCAGUGGUUACCGUGACGACAGCCAGCGGAACGUACAGUGCAAAGAGCCUGGUGAUCACAGCAGGAUCCUGGGCCAACAACCUGCUCUCCCACACUGGGCUACACCUCCCACUACAGGUGUUUAAAAUCAACGUGUGCUACUGGAAGGAGAAGGUCCCUGGAUCCUACAGCGUCCAGCGCCGCUUCCCUUGCUUCAUUCAAGUUGAGUCCGAAGAGUCCAAUCAUCACAUCUAUGGCUUACCAUCCAAUGAGUACCCAGGGCUAAUGAAGUUGUGCUACCACAUAGGCCCUGAGAUCGAGCCAGAUGAGAGGGACAGACAGACGGACAGAGGGGAUAUUGAUAUCCUGCAGCGCUACGUCGCCCGCUGUUUCCCUGGCCUGGUGCCUGUGCCCGCCGUGGUGGAGAGCUGCAUGUACACGAUGACACCAGACCAGCAUUUCAUACUGGACUCCCAUCCCACCUACAGUAACAUUGUAAUUGGAGCAGGGUUCUCAGGUCAUGGGUUCAAGUUUGGACCGAUUGUGGGGAAGCUGCUAUGUGAGCUCAGCCAAGGUGAAGUGCCUUCUUAUGACCUUUCGCCUUUCAGAAUUAGACGCUUUCAGACUCAUUCCAAAUCUGCUUUGUAGAGUCAGAAUCCAUUUUAAAUUAUCAGUUAUGUCUAGGGUUGCCACCUAGACAUAACUAGGGGGGGGGGAGGGGUAAAAAACAACUUAAAACAUGUUUUCAUAAAAAUACUAAGAUUGAUACAUGGACAUUAUAAAAAGAUAUCUUCUAUUGAAAUCAGUGUGAACAGAUGCGUCUCUCUAUCACAACUCAAGUGGUCAUAUCGUCAUAGCUGUGUUAAUAACCAUAGGCCAACAAAGUUUGACAGUGAGACCACAAAAAAAGGCUUUUAACAUCAGUGGACCAGAAGUAGUAGUGUGCAGUAUUGAAGCAUGUCAAGCCUACUUCCUUUUAGAAGUGUACUUCUUAUUACGCGGGGGGUAUCUGGAGCUGCCUCCGCCAUUCUUUCAAAUCGACUCUCCACCAAGAGACCCGCCCUUCUCUGACUCUGAUUGGCCAUGAACCUGAAAAAAAACUAUCAAACCAACAAUGGCAGCGAGUAUUACCCAAUCAAGGGCAGAAUAGGAUGAGUCUUCCCAGAAUUUGGAUGGGAUGAUUUGCAUGGGAUGCUGCAUUAAAGACAACUCAGAAAAUAUGUGAAAAAACCCGGCCCGUAUUGAUUCCAAACGGGACGCGCUACUUUAUUCUCAAAUAUGGGACGAUUCCAUAUUUUAAGGGACGUGUGGCAACCCUAGUUAUGUCACUACUUUUUGAGGGUAUUAAUCUUAUCUCAGAAAAGUAUAUGCUAAAACUGAAGAUUUGUAUUGGUGUACACCAAAGAUUGGUAAAACGCAAUGCUAUGCAGGGCAAAAUAUAUUCAUUUUAAUGGGCGGGACCGGUCAUUUUCCUAUUUCUUGCUUUUCAUGCAAUAAGUUGUUAACGGGGAUGCUACCACAGGUUCGAACUUGGACCCAUCUUGCUACUCAAACAAGUGCUGUAUGUUUGUUAAUGCCUUCAUCCAUGACAAAUUGUAUUAAACGUAAAUAAAAAUUA